CCGGACGGAACGCCAGGCUAUCCCUGACGGACAAAGAUCGCCUGUGUGACUUCGGUGUCCUGAACGCAACUCCCCUGAACAUAUUUGUUUUGGCCUCGGUCGAGCGACAGCCAUUGUUUCCCCGUACAGUAAUGGAACUGCAGUGAACACGUAGGAUGGACGGAGAUAUUUCUGGUCCCUCCCUUCCCCUCUCCGCACUGCGUCUCCUAAUCCCGCCGAUUCGGCUGGUCUCCGCAGCCAUCUGGCAGACGGUGGAGCAGAAAAUAGUGUUGGACUAUGGGCUGCUUGAGGAGUUUGUGUUCAUGGUCACAGAGAUGGUUCCUCAACUCCUCUCCACGAGGCAGCGGGCAGAACUCAUUUUGGGUCUCAGAGCACGGAAACGGUGGUUAUUCCGGCCCUGGGCUGCAUCCCAUGUUCAUUACAUUGCAGCUGAUCCUGGAGCUGUGUCGCUGCGAGGAGACCGCAGAGCCCCAUAUUAUUCAGCCACAUCUGGACCGAAUGCAGAACCUCAGAUCUCUGUGGAAUGUGGAGGCAGAUAAUGCAGAGCAAGAAGUAUCUGACUCGCAAUUCAUGGGCCUUGUCCAAAAUCUGCUGAGAGAUCCUGAGGAGAGAAGAAACUUCUUCCAGGAUGUUUUCCCAGGAGACUUUGGCCCCACAUACGACAAAGCAAUCCAAACGCUAAUGUGGCUGUUUCUGUCCAGACUCGAAAAAGUCCUUCCCACCCAAACUCUCCAACAGAUCGCAUCUCUGAUCAGCGAUACCUCCUCGGUUCUGAACGAAUGCAUGGAGACUUUGGCUCAACCUCAGGAGCUGAAAGCCUUGCUGGACACUCAGAAGGACCUCGGCCAAUUAGAGGAUAUUGAAUCUUACAUUGUGGACAGUGGCAUCUUGUCAGCCCUGUGUCUCCCUCCUGUGGAAAGAGUUGUGAUCGUCAACGAGCAGACAGAAACCGAUGCAGAGAGCGGACUCAUGUACACUGUGUGCACCGAGAUGGAGGUGGAGUCCGAGAAUAAAGACGUGUAUGCGGAGGGGACCGGUAACUCCGGCGAGGACGCACAAACCCAGUGGUGUGCUCUCAGCAGCGGGGUGAAAGCCGAAAUGGACACAGUGGUGGUCACGGACCCCGUCGAAGGCCCCGACCCCAGUGAGAGCGAGAUGGCGGACGAUCACAACUACGACCAAUCCGGGACGUUGAUGAUCGGGGUGGACGGCCAGGUGACGGUGCUCGAUGACGCCGAGAAGAAGCCAAACCGGCGCGGGAGGAAAAAGAAACGGCCCGACGACGAAGACUUCGAAGUGCAAGGCAGAGCGAGGGGCAAGCAGGAGGACCCCGAUUUUGAGGUCACGUGGGAAAGACCGGUGCGGAAGAACCGCGGACUCAAGAUGAAGCGGUACCUGUCGCAGUGGAGGAGAUCGGGAAAGACGCAGGACAGCAAUGCUACCAACAGUAGCCCUGAGAAGUGUACCGGGUCCCAGGCCCCGACCAAAAGCAACGACCUAGACGAGAGAACGUGCAAAGUGUGCGGCGUGGUGGUGAGCCGUGCAAAGUUCUUGGAGCGGCACAUGAAUCGUCACUCGGAGGAGCUGCCCUUUUCUUGUCCUUCGUGUAAAAGGUUUUACAAGAGCUUGCGUUACUUGCAGCAACAUCGAUGUCCGAAUCAGACAAAGGGGAAGCCCGGCAGGAAAGCUAAGGGACGCAGCGAAGAGGCCACAGCGGGUGAGGGUGAACAGUCAUCCAGCGGGGCUCCUGGCGAAGAAACCCUUGAGGAGCAGCCCGACGCGGACCUGGACCCCGAUUGCGCAACCGACGCGGAGGGGACUUCCAAAGAAUCAGGCCAGAAAAGCCCAGAAGAAAACAAAAGCGUGCUCGAGGGUCCGUUCUACUGUCCUCACUGCAGCGUUGAGUUUAAGUGCAAACAGACUUUCAGGUUCCAUCUGAGAAACAUCUGCUACAACGAGCAGCAGGUGGACCCGGAGCAGCCGGAGGACGUGAAGCACUGUUUCCGGUGCAACGACUGCGACAAGGCGUUCAAGUACAAGUCGACGCUGGAAUCCCACAAGCAGACGCACAACCCGCUCUACUGCGAGGUGUGCAUGAAGCUUGUGCGCGACCCGGAGGCGCUGGCGAUGCACAAGGAAUCGCACACGCCGUUUCAGUGUAACCGGUGCGAGGAGAACUUCCCCGUGUUCAAGGCCCUCCACAAGCACUAUAUCGACGUCCACAACCCCACCGAGCCUUUUACCUGCACCCACUGCCUGACGACCUUUGCCAGUCUGAAGCGCUUCAUCCGACACGAGUGGAAACACACCGGCUACCAACCGUUCCAGUGCCCCCACUGCAGCAAGCGGUUCCGGUCGUACUCCGACCUCGUGGAGCACCAGAAAAAACACACCAAGGCGUAUCCGUUCCUCUGCUGGGAGUGUGGCAAGAAGUUCCGGCAUGGCGUCACUCUGACGAGGCACGUGGAACGCGUGCACCACUCCGGCGAGCCCAUGUCGGAGAAGCCUGUGCCGACCUUUACCUGCGCGCAGUGCGGGAAGACCUUCACGUCCAGGAGGUGCCUCCUGAAGCAUGACAACUUCCACCACAAAGGGCUGCGUUUCCCGUGCGAGUUCUGCGGGAAGGGGUUCUUCGGCAAGGACGCCUUGGUGAGGCACACUCUGAUUCACACGGGCGAACGGCCAUUCAAGUGCGACGACUGCGACAAGUCCUUCAGGUCCGCCGCGGAGUUAAAGAUACACCGGCGGUACCAUACGGGGGAGCGGCCCUUCAAGUGCAACGUCUGUGAAAAGGGUUUCGUCCAGUCCUGCUUCCUCACCUUGCAUAUGCGCACCCACACAGGAGAGAGACCGUAUGUUUGUACCGUGUGCAGCAAGGGCUUCUCAAGCUUGCAUGGCUUAAAGCGACACAGGAGACUCGUUCACGCGUAGUUAAUGUUGGCGCGAUACUAACUCGCACGGGGGUUCUGUUCUGUUUGACGGUCCCCUAGUGAAGGGGGUCGGGCAUCGGUCCGGUUUUGAGGAACUGUUAGGUGCAUCAGCCGUGCGGAUGUUGACUGAGAUGGCGGGAUUGAAACCGGGUGUUCCAGUAGAAGGACGUUUUCCUUAAUGUCAGCCACGUUGCUGUCACGGCGUGAGUUGUUGGGAACUGUGUAAUUGUAUAGUGCAUUAUAAAAAAAAUGUAAAAAAGAAUGUACUUUUUUGUAUUUUUUACAGAAAUGUUUGCUGUAGUUCUACAUAAUAUUUGUAUGUAUAAACGAUAUAAUCCUUGAUUCUUUUGGGAAUUUACUUUUCUUUAAUAAAUUGAACAUUUGAUUCCAAGUGGCA